AUGGACCAACCGACCCAGCAGAUACAAUCUGAGCUAGAGAGCUUUAGAGAACAAUGGCGAGCCGAAGUCUCGGCUCGAUCAAGAAAUACUGCUAGCUCUCAACAGCAGCAGAGGACAGCCUCUAAUCAACCGGGAUCCUCUUCAACUAUAACAACCAAUAGGCCUCCGAGGAGAAAUGAAUUUACGCAUAGAAAAUCAACUUCAAAGACUAUCCAACAAGUAGAAGAUGAGGAUGAAUACUAUCAACCCCAGCAUUUCGAUGAGCCAGAUACCAGUAAACCCGUAACAGGUCAGAAGCUCGGCCGUCACGAUGGAGACUCUACUAAGGAUAGAGAUCAAGAGCCCCAGACCGCCUUAGACUUCUACGAAAAAGCCGUCGAGAGGGAGACGACCGGUAAACUUGGCGAUAGUCUACAACUCUAUCGAAAGGCCUUCCGCAUGGACGAUAAUGUCGACCAGUCCUACCGUAAUAAGCACUUCCCAGGCCGUUGGAUAAAGCCAGGCCAGAUCAACCCAUCUAACGCUCCCGUAACCGUUCCCAACACCGCCCAUCACUCCCUAGAUGAUGGAACACCCGCAUUGUCCCUACCUGACCUCAUCACAAGCUUCUCUAAUCUCAAAAUCGAGGGAGCACCACCAGAAUGCGAAGGCGUAACAGCGCCUCCAUGCCCCAUUUCUAUGCUGCCCGACGAGAUCCUCGUUCAUAUCUUGCGAGACGUCGCGGUCGCAGAUGUGGGUGAUUUCGUGCGUCUAGCCCGGGUCUGUAAGAGGUUAGCUUACUUGGUAGCUACCGAGGAUCAAAUCUGGCGACGGGUCUGCUUGGGUCCCGAAUUUGGUUUCGGCGGGAUGCACUACCAUUGGCAAAGGGGUAUCAGCUGGGAGCCUCUAGGCAUAACACAGGAACUCGCCGACUCUAAUGACGUAUUUACUCUAGAGGAACUGGCACGUCAGCGACAGGAGGAGAGUCGAGCAACAACUAACCUAUUACUUCUUGGACCCUACGCAUCAUCCUGGAAGACAAUGUUCCGGCGGCGCCCAAGGGUGCGAUUCAAUGGGUGUUACAUCAGCACGGUGAACUAUAUCCGCCCAGGACAGGCAUCAGCGCACCAGGUUACGUGGAAUAGUCCUGUUCACAUCGUAACCUACUAUCGGUAUCUGCGGCUGUUCCGCGACGGCACCGCCAUCAGCCUACUGACCACCGACGAGCCCGCUCAUGUCGUGCAUCACCUUACACGAGAUAAUGUGGCCUUGCACCGCGGUGGCUCUGGGCCCCAUUACCUGCCCUCCGCCGUCAUGGGCUCCGCGCUAAAAGGGCGUUGGCGCUUAUCCUCGUCAGCGGAUAAGAAUAACGACAGCAUCAAUAAUACUAAUACAGGAAUGGCUCUAGUCGACGCGGAAGGUGACCUGUACGUCGAGACAGAGGGUGUGGGGAAGUACAUGUACCGCAUGGAACUUACGUUCCGGGGCACAGGCAAGGCGGCAGUCAUAAAUAGAAAUAACAAUAACAGGUUAACGUGGAAGGGUUUCUGGAGCUACAACAAGCAAACAGAUGACUGGGCAGAGUUCCCGCUCAAGAAUGGAAAACCCUUCUUCUUCAGCCGGGUUAGGAGUUACGGGAUCGGCGAGUAG